UCGCAUAUACAUGCGCACACACAGGAGACACGACAGACCGUCAAUGAUGUGAGAGACGAGCAAAGGCGAGUGGAAGUACAGGCUCUUCGGCGCGAAGAGGAACACACGUAUGAAUCCCUGCUCGCAUGGCUAUCUCCGCUAGACUCGGAAGAAAAAUAUCAACGAUCGCUCAAUCUGCGUGUCAGAGGGUCCGGUCAGUGGGUGCUCAGACACGCAAUGUUCAAGUCAUGGUAUACAUCCCAGAGUGGGAUCCUGUGGAUAAAUGGCAAUCCAGGAAGCGGGAAGACUAUACUUGCGGCAUCGGUAAUCAAAGGAAUCCUGAAGUUCGAGGAGCGAGACGAAGCAUUGGCAUUUCACUUCUGCGACUUCAGUGAGGCAGAGAGCACCAACGCAGUCGAAGUACUGCGUGCCCUGCUCACCCAAUUGAUUCAAUCCGGAGGUACCAAUCGUCUAUCUCGCGUGCCUAAGCUCAUCGCGAGAAUGAAGGAGAAGAAGCCACCCCCUGCCAGCAUCCCUGAGCUAGAGCCGCAACUGGUGGCUGCCGCGGAUGGUCGCAGGGUGAUCAUCGUCCUGGAUGCUCUGGACGAAUGCCCAACUCUGUCUAAGACAGCGCUGCUCGAAUGCUUGUCACGGCUUGUACUCCAUGAGGCGGCAAACGUUCGGCUUCUCCUCUGCAGUCGCAAGCACGAAGACAUAGCGAACGCCCUUUGCGGGUGUUUGUCUAUUUGUCUCGAGGCUACAGACGAGUCCCGCAAUCACUAUCGUGAUAUGGAGUUAUACAUCGACGACACUCUACGCACGCGAGAUCGGCUAUCGGACCUGCCUCUUGACGCGAAGGUGCGGGUGAAGGAUGUGUUGCUCAAAGAAGCAGAUGGCAUGUUCCGUUGGGUUGACUGUCAAUUCGACAUGCUGUGCAGGCGCGGCUGGACGAUUGGAGGCAUCGAACGUGCAUUAUCUUCACUCCCACACGGCCUAGAGCCGACCUACGAGCGCAUCUUCAUCGAAAUAGAGCAAAACGGAGAUGACGCUUUGGCGGUGGUUAACCGGGCAUUGAUGUGGCUCGUCACCACGUUGCGUCCGCUCACGGAGAACGAGAUCCUGGAAGCACUGAUGAUCGAGAAGGGAAAGCCUAUAUUGAAUCAGGGGCAAAGAUUGUGGCGACCGGCCGACCUUCUCGAUCUGUGCAGCAGUCUGGUGUACGUCGAACCAACGACAGGGUGUAUCAGGUUGUCGCAUUACUCUGUGAAAGAGUUUGUCUUGUUCAGUCAACGUGCAAGGAGGUUCUUGAAGCCACAUGUCUCCGAUCUAUCCGCCGUGCGCUCCGAGACUUCGAAACUCAUACUCACGUAUCUCAUGGCCGACGACUUUGGAGAUACGCCCAGAACUGCUGAGCCUCCUGUCACGGCCUUAACUGUCGACGAGCAGCAUUCGGACAGGAAAUGGCGACAGGAAACCGUCCUGGACGAGCAUCCGUUUGCACUGUACGCAGCACCCUGGUGGUCCGACCAUCUACGUAGGGUUGACAAAUUGGACGAGGAACUGCGCCAGCUGGCCGUAGCAUUUGUGGCACAACCAGUCUACCGGCGCAAGGUGCACAAUUGGCUCAGGCAUCAUUACAAGGAGUUGAAGAGUAUUUUCUCGUACGGUUCAGACGUCGCACGUAGCAUUGCUGAUCAGAAUGCUGCACUGUUGGACGAGGACAUCACUCUAAACGGCACACCCUUGAUCAACGCCAUAUCACGCUCCGACAGGGAUAUGGUCGCUCACUUGCUGCAGGCCGGUGCCGAUCCCGAUCGCGUUUCCAGCUCACCAUCCUCUCACGGCGGAGCCUAUCUUCCUACUACUCCCCUCUGGUUCGCCCUUCGAACAGAGAACAACGAUCUCGUCCAACUGUUGUUAGACUACGGUGCAACCAUCCACAGCAGUGGAAGCCCGGACUUCGAUGCCAUGCUUCGCCGCGAGGUGGAAAUCCAUACAGAAGACAGAGAACGGCGAUCGACGCUGCUUCCUGUCCAUGUGCCAUCCACGCGACGCGACCCCGAAGCACAACAGCAAAUCAGCGGCGGAACCGACGUGACGAUCCGCGCCUCUCCAGGGGGCAUGAUUGUCCCCUACGUAGCGCGCCCCGAUGCACUUUUCGUGGAAACGAUGCGGCUCUUGACCGAUGCAGGCCACGAUGAAAGAAACCAGAAAAACCUGGGACUUACCGCCCUCCAAGUCGCGUGCAUGCUGCGCAGUACGGACAUGGUCGUAUGCCUCCUGCAGAACGGCGCCGACGUCGGCGAAAUAUGCGAGCCGUGGCUAGGCCAAUCGGAUCUCGAGUGGGCUACAUCCGAGUGGUGGUGUCCGGAGCGUCUACGUUAUGGGAGUAGGAAACUCAACAAGAUGGGUUUCGGGAUCACAGCCCGUGGAGUGUCGUCAUACGACGGAGUCAAACAACUAACACCUGACGCCAGCUCAGUUGCGAGUGACAUCGAGGGCGAAGAUCUCUUCGAGUACAAUGACACCCUUUACACCGCCGCAGUGGCCCUGUUCGAGGUUCUGAACAUGACGAUGAACUGUUACUUACUGGACGAAUGCGAACCGGAGCCUCUUCCAGAGUAUCAUCGACUGGCCCCGCUCCAUAUCGCAUGCAUGCUUCGCGAUGCAGCUAGGGUCAAGCGCUUGCUAUCAACGGGCGGCGCCGAGGUUAGGGAAGCACACGAGCCUUGGCUUUCCUCCGCCGAUAUGGUAUGGGUCCGGAAGCAACGUUGGUGGAAGGUACGCAGUAUGUCCAAGCCCAGCGACACUAGUAGUGCCGGGUGCGGCGACAGCUACGUUCCGCAGGACGAGAGGGACAUCAUUGAGACGGUGAGGUCGUUGGAGAAAGGCUGUAACCUACCUGCAGAGGUAGUCCGAUGCAUCCUAGAUCUUGCGGAAUAUUGGCUGCGAACAUCAGUCACACGUUCAGAUUGUGUCGUGGUCGGGCAGAACAUUGUCAAUCAGCCUUACCUCAGCAUGAAAUUGUCGCCACGAAUGGCCAGGAUUCGGCGGCCGUUGCGUAGGGUAGUGUUUGAGACGGGUAUUUAUCUCGAAGCCACGGCGAAGGUCAACUACAGGGAUCCAAGAUUAACAUUGUUCGAUGCAGCGGGGGAAGAAUGGCCAUAUGCCACCGAACGGAGACCUAUUAAGAUACGCGGACUGAGGCCUGGCAGCAAUCGCUACGUCACGGUGUGGGAUCUGCAAGGCGCAUCGGGAGGGCUCAGGCGGUGGAUGCGGACAUUCAUACCAGGAUCUGAAUUAUCAGUAUUUAGCACGUCGCAGAAGGGUUAUUCAUGGGGCGUCGAUUCCGCACGGAUCACGGUAUACACGGCUUGGAUGUAGCCUCGCGAGAGGAUAAAUCGUAUUUAACAAGCCGCGAUUGUCUUUGUGAGCUUAAGAAGUCAGCGUCCCAUAAUCAUCAUAUUCGGCACAUCA